GCUCCCGCUCCUGCCUCGCAGUUCGGACCGCUUCGGUUCUGUGGGUUGAUUCGGUGACAAGUUAAAUUCCCUUCGCUCUCUGACUGAAUGCAGUUUGGGAGAUCGGACCAAAUGCGUGUGGUUCACAGUUCCCGAACAAUAGGGGGCACAGAGAACGGAGAACGAGAAGCCUGUGACGAGUGUCGACCCGCCAGGAGAGGUUUCCUUUCUGAUAUGUUGACGGGCAAUGUUCCGUUUGUCCGGGGAACUGAACCGUACGGAUGUGGCUCCGCCAGGAGGGACUGUAAACAGUGUGACAGCAGGUGCAAAUCACCAAUCCACGUCAACAGGGCCGCAGACAGAAAGCUAUUGACUGCUCUCUGAAGGGCCGGGCUUUUAAUUUGAAAGGUUCAAGUCCAAUUUGGAAGUUUAGAUUCUUGUGAUGAAAUAAACUGGGAAAGUAAACCAAUGAAAAUCAAUAACGAGGUCUGUGGAAUUGCUGUUGCCGUCCCUCAGCUGCUUAGUGCCUCCAGCAUUUUGUGUGGUAAUGCGGAAUGUAGUAAAACCCCUCUGGCUGACUGAGUGCCACCCCCACCCCUCAUCCUACCCGUGGCUUCAGUCUCAGAACAACGAUUUUAACCCUUGACUGCCCUCUGUUCUGACCGAGUUGAUUGCGGAAUUGAUUGUGGACUUCGGGAAGGGGAAAUCUAGGGAACAUACACCAGUCCUAACUGAGGGAACAGUAGUGGAAGGGGCAAGCAGUUUCAAAUUCCUGGGCCCAACAUGCUGAUGCAAUUACAAAGAAGACACGUCAACGACUAUAUUUCGCGAGGAAUUUGAGAUUUGGUAUGUAACCAAAGACACUCGGAAAUUCUAACUGACUGCAUCACCUUCUGGUCUGGAGGGGCCACUGCACAGCAUCAGAACAAAUUGGAGCGGGGUGCAAACCCAGCCAACUUCAAUAUGGGCACUAGCCUCGCCAGCAAACAAAAAUCUUCAAAAGGCAAAUGUCCCUCUGCAUGUCACCUUGGCUGAACAGAGGAGCACUUUUAGUAACAGACCAAGACAACUGUGCUGCUCCAAAGAGGUCAUUCUUUGGACCUGAGCAUAUUCUUACCUUGGCUAUUAGGCUCUAGAAUGAGUCAACCUAUAGCUGGGGAAGUGAUGACUCCUCCUGUUAGACUGUUUAAGGGACAAAAUGAACUCUUCAGUCCUUUACAAGUUCUUCGGAGCUGAGGAGGUGAGAAGCCUACAGUCCAUGUACAGUAAAGGUGAUGUGGUAACGGUGAUCCUCGAACUGAAGCGGAAGGCAGAAGAUUUAACCGGUGUGAAGAUCAAAAUUGCUGUGCUGGGUGAUGUGGGCUCCGGGAAAUCCACCUUCAUCAACGCCAUGAGGGAUGUUCGGAGUGACGAUCCGGGAGCUGCUCCAACUGGGAAUGAUGAAGCCAGCACGGUGCCAACCAGAUAUCGUUAUCCAUCCCUGCCAGAUGUUCAACUCUGGGAUCUCCCAGGAUUAAACUCCUUUGGUUUUGAACUGAACCGUUACCUGAAACAAGUGGAUUUUGUAAGCUAUGACUUCUACAUCAUUGUGUCUCAGGCACGAUUCAGAGAGUGUGACGGUGAGCUAUCCAAAAGGAUUCAAGAACAACAGAAGGAGUUCUACUACAUUCGGUCCAAAAUUGACAAUGACGCCUUUUCCAUGCAGAUGCAAGGCGUUGACUUCAGUCAAGGGCAGAUGCAAAUCAUCCAGGACUGUGUUAAAAACUUUCAAAAUGUCGGAGUCAAACCACCAGCCAUUUUCCUGAUCUCUAGUUUCGAUGUGAAAGAAUAUGAUUUUCCAAAAUUAAAGUCUACCCUUGCCACUGACCUUGAGAGCAUAAGAUCUAAUACCUUUUCACGCGCAAUUCCAGAGAUGAUGCUGGGAAUUCAACAAUCCAAAUACAGGCCAAUAAUGUGGGUGAUCGUGCUGUUGGCCUUCCUGUCUGGGGCCUUGGGCAUAAUCCAAGCCCCAGCCAUGCCUUUCCUCACUGCCAUUGCCUGUACUGCUGCAGGGUGGAUGUACCUUCGAUGGCAACUGGAUGUUAGUGACCGUGUGCUAUGGAACUUGUCCGGCAGAGUCAACAAGCCAGCAUCACUUCUGAAAGCUGAAAUGGAACGUCGACCGCCUUUCCUGUUGCUUCGAUUUGCCCCUAAGGUGCUGUCGCUCAUCCUCAUUGUGGUCUGUAUGAUAGCUAUCUUCACAGACGGCCACCAUUCAGUGACAGUCUCUGUCUUUGGGGCAAUGUCCUCAUCUGUCUUUACCUUUCUGGUGCUAAAGGAUUCACUGGAUGACCGGUUGCUAUCUCAGCAAACCCUCGCCAAGACUGCACUUCAGCAGGAAGGUGAUGACCACAUUUAGGUCGCACAGCUUUCAAAGUUCAACUUGAUCCCAAUGUCAUGGUUAAACUGAUUUGUUUAUUUGGGGGUCACAUUCAUUUUUGACAGAGGGCCAUCUGAAACAUUCAUUCUUUAUGCAUCAGAAAAAAAUAAACAUAUAAAUAUCUAAAUGUAAACUUUUAAUCAAGCUUUGCAUUUUGCUUUUGGUAGCUGUUACCUGCUGCUCCAUGAUGCUGGAAAUUCUCUUCUUGAAUCACUGUUGCAAUAAUUGAUGAAAAUAAAUGGUUUGAGUUAACAUAAAUUUGAUUAAUUCUGAGCACUCCAAAUCAUCCAGGAUGCUGAAAGCAUCAGAGAAAGGGGUUCAGCCCGGCUGUCACUCGUAAGGUGGGCUGCAGGUAGUCAGUGACCACCACAAAAGAUCAAGAGGAUAGACAGAUAAUGCAGGAUUCUCUGUGGCUAAUUACAGUGAAAACCAGUAACCAUUUGGGACGGUCUUUGGGGAUGAGAGUUCAGAAAAAAGCAGCAGCCAUGCCUGUGGCACCUGGACUGUAUCUGAAGCUCAGCGGGUAAAGGUGAAGGCAAAUAGGAUUAUAGUGAUAGGAGACUCGAAAGGUAAGUGGAGGUAAGCUCAAAAAGUUCAAUGUUCAAAUACAUUUGUUAUCAAGGUACAUAUAAAUUAUACAACCUUGAGAUUCAUCUGCUUACAGGCACUCCUGGAACAAGAAACCCAAAAUAACCCAUUUUAAAAAAGACCAACAAACACAGAGAGGAUAAAGAACAAAUUGUGCAAACAAUGAAAGCAAACAACAGCAUUCAGAAUGAAAAUGAGUCCAU